UGGAUCCCAAGCCCAAGAUCCGGAACUAUGGGGCGAUCACGCAAGAAAUUCGGCGCUAAAGCGAGGGAACCCGUCGCCGCCACAGAGGCAACGAAAGCUCUUGAGGUUGAAGUCAACUUGGACAUUCGGCAAGACAAGUAUGACGGCAGCAAUGCACUGGUGCUCCCUUCCAAGAAGAAGAAGGAGGCAGUGCAAAAGGCCAAGGAGGCCAAGAGUGUCCCCAAGCUGUCAAAGAAGAAGAAAAAGGAGCUCCAGAAGGUGCUGGAGAGAAAGAAGAAGAAAGUCAAUAGGACCCAUUUGCUAGAAGAGUUGGAGAAAUCACAAGCUAGCAAAAAAGAGCUAUCUAUGUUGAUUUCAACAUCUACCAUGCAGACAAAGGGCCUGAAACGUCUUGGAGAGCUCACCUCAGCGGAAGCACAGCCCACAGAGAAACUUGGGGCUCAAAUCAACAGCAUCAAGGGUAGCAGACCCACUGCCCCCAAGAGACCUCGCCUCCGGGGGUCCGACAUUCUGGAUCUAGAUCCAGAAUCCUCGGAAGAUAGCUCCGGCGACGACGACAGCAGCGAAGACGAGGAGCGGUUGAAACAGUUGGGUGCAGAUCGAGAGGCCACAGGUUCUGGCGAAGAGAAAUCUGGGGAAGACGACUCGACGGAGGGUGCCAAAAACGCUGUCGCGAACUCUGGACAGGAGGAAGCUGUGGCCACAAACGAACUCGCCCAGAAAAGAUCGGAGCCGAGUGCGACACAACCAAAACCUCCACCCAGGCCAGCGGUUUUUGUGCCAGUGCAUAGGACUGAGGAAAUUCAGAACGCGAGGCACCAGCUGCCGAUCUUGGCCGAAGAACAGUCCAUCAUGGAAGCCAUAAAUGAGAAUGACAUUGUGGUGAUCUGUGGUCAGACUGGUUCUGGAAAAACAACCCAGGUCCCACAGUUCCUUUAUGAAGCUGGAUAUGCUAGCCAGAAGGGCAUCAUCGGCAUCACGGAGCCCAGGAGGGUGGCGGCCGUGUCCAUGUCGAAGCGAGUGGGCCAGGAGAUGAGCCUGCCCUGCAGCGUGGUCUCGUACCAGAUCCGCUUUGAGGGAAACACCACCGAGGACACCAAGGUCAAGUUCAUGACGGACGGCGUGCUCCUCAAGGAGAUACAGAAUAACUUCCUUCUCACCAAGUACUCUGUCGUCAUCAUCGACGAAGCACACGAGAGAAGCAUCUACUCCGACAUUCUCAUUGGACUCCUCUCGAGGAUUGUGCCACUGCGAAGGAAGAGAGGCAACCCUUUAAAGUUAAUAAUCAUGUCUGCGACUUUGAGAGUCGAAGACUUUACACAGAAUAGUCAUCUCUUCAAGGUUCCACCUCCUGUUCUCAAGGUGGACUCUAGGCAACAUCCGGUCACCAUUCACUUUAACAAGAGGACGCCUGAUGACUAUCUACAGGAAGCCUACAGAAAGGUGUGCAAGAUCCACCAGCAGCUCCCGGAAGGGGCAAUCCUGGUGUUUGUCACCGGCCAGCAGGAGGUGCAGUCACUCUGCCAUAAGUUGCGGAAACGCUACCCCGCCAAGCAAGACAAUCCGAAAGCAGAGGAAGUCCCUGCCAAGGAGGCAACCGAUCCGAAGAAAGAUGGCAGUGGCAGCAGUAAGAGCGACGCGUCUGACACACAGACUGCUCCAGCAAGCAAACAGGCGUCACGCAUAAACCUCGAUGACUACUCUGUGGUGCCUCUGGAUGAAGGCCAGCUAGAGGACAUUGUGAAGGACGAGGAGAGGGAAGACGGUGUACUAUCAUCCGAUAACGAAGACGAAGAGCCACCACCCACCCGGACCUUCCAGCCCCUGAUGGUGCUGCCCCUGUUUUCCCUGCUGCCUUCCCACAAGCAGGCCAAGGUCUUUCAAAACCCGCCCCCAGGCAUGAGGCUUUGCGUGGUUGCCACAAACGUCGGUGAAACCUCCCUUACCAUUCCCAACGUCAAAUAUGUGGUGGACACCGGGAAGGUCAAAAUGCGUGUCUACGACAAAGUGACCGGAAUUUCGGCUUUUAUGAUCUCGUGGGUCUCCAAGGCCUCAGCUGACCAAAGGGCCGGACGAGCCGGCAGGACAUGUCCCGGCCACUGUUACAGGCUCUACUCUUCUGCCAUUUUUAAUGACGAGUUCCAGAAAUUCACUGCUCCAGAAAUCACGAGACGGCCCGUGGACGAUCUGGUCUUGCAGAUGAAGGCCAUGAACAUUGACAAAGUGGUCAACUUCCCCUACCCAUCCCCACCAGACAAAGAAGCACUCAAGGCUGCAGAAAAAAAGCUUAUCCUAAUGGGAGCCCUUGAGGAGCUUCCAAAGCCUGCCCGCUUCAAGGACCUGGCGAAAUGGGAGUGGAGCUCGAAGGUGACCCCCCUGGGGCGAGCCAUGUCCUGCUUCCCCGUGAGCCCCCGCUACGCCAAGAUGCUGGCCCUGUCCCAGCAGCACGGCCUGCUGCCCUAUGUGGUGGCCGUGGUGGCCGCCAUGACCGUGCAGGAGGUCUUCUGCAACCUGGGCUUCUCGCAGGAGCCACACAGUCAGGAAAAACACACAAGGUGGAAGAAGGUGCGAGAGACCUGGGCCGGACAGGGCCACUCGCUGGCACUGGGGGACGUCAUGGUGUUGCUGAAGGCAGUGGGCGCCUCCGAGUUUGUGGGUUGCAGCCCCAGCUUCUGCGAGCAGCACGGACUUCGCUACAAGGCCAUGGUCGAGAUCAGGAAGCUGCGCAUACAGCUAACCAAUGAGCUGAACCUUCUCAUCCCCAAUCUGGGCCUCUCUGUGGACCCCAAGAUGGACCCUCCCUCCGACCUGCAGGCAAAGCUGAUUCGCCAAGUCGUGCUCAUGGGCUUCAGCGACCACAUUGCCAAAAAAAUGACAGACGAGGAGAGAUGCAGCGAAACCGAGGCUGCCAUCGCCAAGAAUGCUUACAAGAGCAUUGAAGUGGACGACCCCGUCUUCAUCCAUCCAAACUCAGUGCUGAGUGGAAAGCUUCCGCUCUUCGUCAUGUACCAAGAGAUUUUUGAAACCAGCAAGAUGUUCAUGAGGGUGGUGGCUGAGGUGGAGCCAGAGUGGCUGCCCGUCUACGCUCCCAAGGCAUGCACUUUCUCUGCACCCUUGGAGGAUCCCCCACCACAUUACGACAAGAAGAAAGACAAGGUCUUCUGCUUCAUGACGUCCACUUUCGGGCCCCACGGCUGGAAGAUGGAGGCUGCCGAGCACGAGUUCCCCGUGGGCCUAGACCGAUUCCGCUGGUUUGCCAGGUUCCUCCUGGAAGGCCAGGUGCUGCCCUUCUUCAAGUCGUACGCCAAGCUCCUGCUCUCCCCUCCUGUCACCAUGGUCAAGAGUUGGGCAAGGUUGCAGCCCAGGACGGAGCACCUGCUGAAGGCACUAGUGUCGCAGUCUGCAGACUCAAAAGAAAAGCUCUGCGAAGCUUGGAAAAAGAAUCCCAAAUAUUUACUGAGUGAAUACCUGGAAUGGAUUCAGGAGAGCCUGCACAAUGAAGUCAGCUUGAAGUGGCCUCCCUCACACAAGUGACUUUGGAAUGGUGUGGUCGUGUACAUAUGCAUAUUAAACAUUUUAUGAAGUUCA